UCUUACGCCGCCAACCUGAAGUUCAUCGUUAUCAUCUUGGCCGCCGGGAUGGUGGCCUUCGUCGGAGCAGUCAUCUGCAUCAUCGCCGCGGUCCAUACCGGCACCGCUGCCGAAUCUACCCAGCAGCCUGUGGCAGACAACCAGUCGCAAUCUCCAUACGCUGGAGUGCAGCAGACUUUACCCGGGGGCUCGGUGGCGCGAGCGGGUCGCCUGGGCGCUAUCCAUGGUUCUGAAAGGCAGAACGGAGAAGCGCCCACCUUCUUCCACGUCGCCAGCGGCUUUGAUGCCGUCGGUGGAACUAGGCAGGUUAGUCAACUUAUCUGCACCCCAGUCCCCGCCGGAGAAUGCAACCCCAAAAACUUUCAGCAACAAGCCGAAGACCCGUCGCUGUACGCCGGAGAAGACUGGGGAUACCUCCGCACCACGGCAGAGGAACUACAACAGACAGUGCUCAAACAGAAGGACCAGAUUAUCACCGACCAGCGGACCAUUAGGGAUCUGUCAGGCAAGCUUUCGGAGUGUGAGAGCGGAAUAGUGGGGCGUAGAGGCGCGGGGCUCUGGGGAGGUAAAAGGGUAGAUGAGGUCCGGCUCGUGGUCCGGGACCGUGCUCUGUCGUCGACUGUGGCACAGCUGCUCACCGCUCAGGCUGUGGACGAGCUGGAACAGGCUAUCGUUCAGAUGAAAGACCGCAUAGAGAAACUGGAGUCAGAUAUCGGACCGCUGGCGUUCCCUCACAACCACACAGAUGCAGCAACUGCGAUGACUUCAAGAGGUGGUGGUGGUGGGCUCUCUGAGGCCCCUGAUGGUUGGGGUGAGGCAGGGCCAGGGGGACAAGCAGGGGAUGGACCAAAGCAGUGGCCACGGGUGGAGGAUCUGGAAGGAGAGCUUGAGAGGAAGCUGGAACUCCUGGAGAAGGAGAGGAAGGCCCUGCGAAAGGAAUCCCAAAGACACAGGCAGGAGAUCGACCAGGAGAUGAACUCCCUACACCACCGCAUCGCUGGCCUGGAGGAGGGACUUUCAGAGUAUACUUAUCCCGAGGGCUACAAGCUGUCCUUCCCAGCGCGUACCAACUAUAUGUACGCAGUGGUGCAGCACCCCAUCCCUGAGCUGCGUGCCUUUACCGUGUGCCUCUGGCUGAGACCCACCGAGGGGGGCAUCGGCACCCCCUUCUCCUAUGCUGUAGUGGAGCAGCCAAACGAGCUAGUUCUGCUGCAGGGCAUGCACACCCCUGUGGAGCUGCUCAUUAACGACAAGGUGGCGCAGUUACCUCUAAAUCUGUCUCGGGGCAGCUGGCACCACAUCUGUGUAAGCUGGAGCCAGAGAGGUGGUGCGUGGCAGGCCUACCAGGGGGGCAAGCUGAGAGGAGAGGGGCAGGGCCUGGCAGCCUGGCACCACAUCAGGCCUGGGGGAGUCCUCAUCCUGGGGCAGGAACAGGACACUCUGGGCGGGCGUUUUGACUCGUCCCAGGCCAUGGUGGGGGAGUUAUCCCAGUGGAACAUAUGGGAGCAGGUCCUGACCCCCAGCGAGGUGUCCAGCCUGGCCCACUGCAGCCAGCACAGCCCCCAGCCAAAGGGUAAUGUGGCCCCCUGGACCAACCGGGAAGUAGAGGUGUUCGGAGGAGCCACCAAGGUGCCCAUGGAGCCCUGCGCUGCCAAACGCACCAACACCCCACUGUGAGGGGAAGGGUGAUAUAGGAUCCAGGGACCUUAUUUACAAAGCGUCUCAGAGUAGGACAAGUGAUUGGGGAAAAAUCAAUACAGUUACAUAUCGCAAUAUUCUUUUGAACAAUAUUACAGUGAUACUUUUUGUUGUUGUUGCUAGGUAGUGUUAGCUAGCAGUAGUCAGCUAUGCCUGCGCCAGAACGCUGGUAUUUUGUUGCUCUUCAUUUUCUUUUAAAAUAGUGAGCCAACAUGUUUUCAAUCCUUUUAUUUCCAUGACUGAUCAAAACUCAUUUUCUCAUGCUCUCUCGUCUCUCUUCAACAGACAUAUAGAGAGCAAUCUCUUUGGAACAUCAAAUUGCAAUAAAAUCGCAGUAUCGAAUCGCAAUACAUAAAGAAUUGUGAGAAUCAGUAUUGUCACCUACCUGUAAGUAUCAUGAUAAUAUUCGUGAGAUCCCUGGCAAUUUCCCAGCCGUACUGUACGUGUCAUAUUAUACAGCUGUGUUGAAGUAGGGCAAAACAUUGUGGAGGUAACAUAUUUCUAUCUGAACAACUAGUUUGUAGAACAGCAGGAAUACCUAACUGACAGUAGAUUAAGGAAUCAUGUCAGCUCUAUUCAUCACAUUUCUAUCUGCAAUGUUCGGUAUAUUGUACAUUGUGAAUUUGUGAAGUUAAUUUAUGGGUGAAGCUUGGGUGAAAGGGAGUAAGGGAAUGGGGAAAUGAGGCGCGUGUUUAGAAGUGGGAGUGACACUGGUUUUGUAACUACUCAUAAAGACUUUAUUUAUCCCUCAAGGGUUAAUUUUGUUUUGUUAUUUUUCUAUGUUUUACAUCUAUUGUUGAUUAGGUUUAUUUAGAGCUACAGGACACAGAGUGGGUCGGCUAGGCAUACAUACUUUUGCAUUUCAACUGCUGCUUUGGACUUGGUCUAUGGCCAAGCACUAGGUCCGAGGAGCCAAUGUUGUUUUCUCAAUAGGAGCAAACAAUUGGGUAUCUAUAGCUUUCUCUAUCAUCUGACUUGUGUCUAACCGAAGGGGAUAACUCAAGUGUAAAUUAUGAUUUUAUAUAACAUUUUAUAUGCAGACAUUAAGAACACACAAUCGUGUCUGUCCAGCGUUGAUUUUUUAAAUAACUUUUUGUAUCAACUUGUUUGAAAACAGCAUUCUUACUGUAUCUCUUUUCAUAUUCCUUCUCGUUUAACAUUUUUAUAAAUAGUCUAUCUUAGUAAUACAGCAUGUCUAAUCAUUCCCUAUGACUAAUAAGAACUACAGAAACAGAGGUAUGAACUAAUCUCUUUGGCACUAAUUCAAAUUCAGUAACUGUAUCCAGUAAUGUCAAUGUACGGCUUGAAUUGAUCCAGAAAAUGUGUCUUAGACUUGGGCAGUGCUGUUACCCAAGCUCAUUGAAUAACUGUGUUGCACAAUAUGGUAUAGCACAAAGUUUGAUACUUGCUAGAACACCAGAAUAAGUAUUGGUACCAAGUUGUACUGUCAUGUAUAAACUGUGUUAUAUAAUGCUUUUAUAUUCAAUGUAAACAGUGAUAUGAAUAACAAUGGGUUUAAAUGCA